CCACAUCAGCGGUCUGAGCGGCUCCAUGUUGGAUCUGCCUGCUCUUAGAAAUACAUUGGUGCUCUGUCAAUCCGUCUGUCUGCGCGUAUUGUCUGACACACGGCCGGGCAGCCGGCUCUGCUCCCGGGCUCAGGUAGGAGGGAUGUAGCCGACAGACCGCGCUGUCACCACCAAAUAUUCCUCGGAGCUUUUUGUUCCAUAAAACCGGCGUCAUUCCCGCACUUGUGAGCGGGGCUGAGAAACCAGGUUAGAGGCGCACCUGAACAACGGAGCGAAAAGUGGCAUGCAGGCGGUGGAAGAAAUAAUUGGAUUGAGAUAACGCCUCGCAGGCAUGAUGUUCACGCUCACUGAGGUUGCAUCCCUGAAUGACAUCCAGCCGACGUACCGCAUCCUGAAGCCAUGGUGGGACGUCUUCAUGGACUACCUGGGGCUGGUCAUGCUCAUGCUGGCCAUAUUCGCCAUGACCAUGCAGAUCACCAAGGACCAGGUGGCUUGCCUUCCUUGUCUCGAGGAACCGGACGAGGCUUCGGGGGCGAAGCCUAAUUCGUUCACGCAGCAGAGUGCACAGAAUGGGGCUUCAGCAGCAGCCCCCGUAUCAACAUCCCUACCCCUAGUCACUAAGGCCAUGCCGGACGAAAUGGCCCAUGAGAUCCACGUCACACACCAAUACAAUCAACCUGAACCGACAGGGGUCAGGACCAACCUGGACUACCAACAAUAUAUCUUCAUCAACCAAAUAUGUUACCAUGUUGCCUUGCCCUGGUAUUCCAAGUACUUUCCUUACCUCACCCUCAUCCACACCAUUGUUCUCAUGGUCAGUAGCAACUUCUGGUUCAAAUACCCCAAAACCAGCUCAAAGAUUGAGCACUUUGUUUCAAUUCUAGGUAGAUGUUUUGAGUCUCCCUGGACUACGAAGGCUUUGUCUGAGACAGCUUGUGAGGACUCUGAGGAGAACAAACAGCGGUUGACAGGCACCUCCAUGGCCCAGAAACAUGUAUCUUUAGAGGGGAAGGACGAAAGCACAAAUGUGAACUCCUCCACACCCAUGAUUGGGGUGAAGUUCUCUGCAGAUAAGCCCAUCGCAGAGGUCCCGAGCUGUAUGACAAUCCUGGACAAAAAAGACGGAGAGCAGGCCAAAGCCCUGUUCGAGAAAGUACGAAAAUUUCGAGCUCAUGUGGAGGACAGUGACUUUAUCUACAAGCUUUACGUAGCGCAGACUAUCGUCAAAACGGUCAAGUUUAUUUUGAUAUUAUCCUACACUUCUACCUUUUUGGCUAAAAUACAUUUUAAGCACGAUUGUGAACCCGAUAUUAAGCAGCUAACUGGAUACCGAAAGUUCUUCUGUACUCACAACAUGGCUUUCAUGCUGAACAAGCUGCUCAUUAGCUACAUGGCUUUAAUCUUGAUCUACGGGAUGGCUUGCUUGUACUCUCUCUUCUGGGUGUUUCGAAGACCGCUCAAAGAGUACUCAUUCGAGAAGGUCCGUGAAGAGAGCAGCUUUAGUGACAUUCCUGACGUCAAAAAUGACUUUGCAUUCCUCUUACACAUGGUUGACCAGUAUGACCAACUCUACUCCAAACGCUUUGGGGUCUUCUUGUCCGAGGUCAGUGAAAACAAGCUGAGGGAGAUCAGCCUUAAUCACGAGUGGACCGUUGAAAAACUGAGGCAGCUUGUGAUCCGUAACGCAAUGGACCAGCAGGAGCUGCACCUUUUCAUGCUCUCUGGUCUUCCCAAUGCGGUGUUUGACCUAACGGACCUGGAAGUGCUGAAACUGGAGCUCAUUCCUGAUGUGAGAUUCUCUGCGAAGGUCUCCCAAAUGAGCAGUCUACUGGAGCUGCAUCUCCUGCACUGUCCGGCCAAAGUAGAGCAAAACGGCUUUGCUUUCCUCCGGGAUCAUCUCCGCUGCCUUCACGUCAAGUUCACUGAUGUUGCAGAGAUCCCGGGGUGGGUGUACUUGCUGAGGAGUUUGAGGGAGCUCAACCUCAUCGGCAACUUGAGCUCUGAAAAUAACAAAAUGAUCGGGCUAGAGUCCAUGCGAGAUUUGAGGCAUUUAAAGACAUUAUGCUUGAAGAGCAACCUCACAAAAAUGCCCACAAACAUAACAGAGCUUUCACCACAUCUGAUUAAGCUAGUGGUGCACAAUGAUGGUACUAAACUUGUGGUACUGAAUAGUCUGAAAAAGAUGACAAAUCUAAUUGAACUGGAGCUGCACACGUGCGAACUCGAGAGGAUUCCCCACGCUAUUUUCAGCUUGACCAACCUGCAGGAGCUCGACCUUAAAUCGAACAACAUCCGAACCAUAGAAGAGAUCAUCAGCUUCCAGCACCUCAAGAGGCUGACGUGCCUCAAACUGUGGCACAACAAAAUCAUCACCAUCCCUUCCUCCAUCGCCCAAGUCAAGUCUCUGGAGUCUCUCCACCUGUCCCACAAUAAACUGGAGACCCUGCCCCCGGCCCUGUUCACGCUCCCUAAGCUGCGGCACUUGGAUGUGGGCCACAACUCCAUCACAGUGCUCCCUCCGGACGUGGGCCUCCUCCACAAUCUCCAGCACUUAGCCAUCAACUCCAACAAGCUGGAGGUGCUGCCCAAGCCUCUGUUCAGAUGCACCAAGCUCAAGGCGCUGUGUUUGGGGAACAACGCGCUCACCGUGCUGCCGGAGACGGUGGGUCAGCUGGUGCAGCUCAAUCAGCUGGAGCUGAGAGGAAACUGCCUGGACAGACUGCCUGUGCAGCUGGGAAACUGCCGCCUGCUGCGUAAAAGCGGCCUUGUGGUGGAGGACCAUCUCUUUGAAGCACUGCCUGUGGAAGUGAAGGAGAACAUCAGCAGAGAGAACAACGUGUCGUUUACCAGUGGCUUAUAGCACACAAAGCAUGACAAGCUUGCAUAAUGGAUGUACGAGUAAAUUCUUAAUGUGUGUUCACACCGGACGCGAAGCAAAUCUUUUGUGCGUCGUGAUUACAUGUUAAAUCAGUGAGCACACUUGCAAAAGCAUUAAUUAGGUUUUUACUAACCAAUAUCAGUAUAUUGUUAUUACUGCGUCAUUUUGAUACGUCUAUUUAAAUUAAAUCAAGGCAAAAUAUGUUAAUUUCGUUGUUGUUGGUAACUACAUGAAGAUAAGCCCCGCCUCCUCGCCAGUGGUAUAGUUUGAGUAACGCUAGUAAACACAAAUGAUGCUGCGGUCAAACUCGCAAGAGUAACGUGAUGCGGUUCUUCGCUUGGCGUCCGGUGUGAAUGCAUAUAUAUAUAUAUAUAUAUACAUCGUGA